UCAUGCGACAGGCUCCACUCGAGCCGGGAGCGCAUCUGUGCUGCUUCAGAGGACCCUUCUUCAUCUCCUCACCAAAGAUCUGUCCAAAUGCAUUUAGGACCAGAAUCUGUAGCUGCCGGCAUCUUUUUCAAAUAGACUGAGCCACAUUCCAAAGGCAACCCAUUACGUAACUUGUAAAUAUUAAAUAGUAGGUUAUUUUUGUCAUUUCUUCGAGCUUACUUACAAGGUGAAUCAACGAGCAUUCUCUCCGAAUGAAGACAUCACCACCUCAUUCCUAACACAGAAAGUUAUUUAUUUCAAACACGGUUUCGGUAAAAAGGCUGCUCCUUCCUUCGCUGGGGACACGUCCAGGAGAACCAGGUGGCCUGAGCGAAGCACGGCCUCAUCCCCAAUUCAAGCAAACUCCUGGACAACAUCGCCACGUCAGAGCCUUCACCUGCACAGGCUAAAAAUGCCCCUUUUUGGCUGGAUGAAAUGGCCAAAGUACGAGUCCUACAAACCCACACACUACCCUGACUCAGAUGUAGUGACAAAGACUCUGCUUCGGGAAUUGAAAUGGCAUCUGAAGGAACGAGAGAGGUUAUUACAAGAGAUCGAAAAUGAGGAGAAAGUGAAGAAAACAGGUGUGGACUACAAUUGGCUGAGAAACUACCAGAAUCCCCACGCAACCAUCCCUGCUUCCGAACAAAGACAACUCCAAGUUCUUUGCUCACAGGUUCGACCCUGUCAAACUGCAACUAUUCUCAGCAGAUUUCGAGAAGUUUUGGCAGAAAACGAUGUACUGCCAUGGGAAAUUGUCUACAUCUUCAAGCAAGUUCUGAAAGACUUCCUGAGCAGCGCUGACGGAGGCAGUCAGCAAGAGGGCCUGGCAGAGCCCCGGGGCACAGGCUGCCCUGCCCGCUCUGCGGUCCCAGGGGCACGCUCCAGGCCUCCGGACAAAGACGAAAUACCCACUAUUUCAAGCUACGUGGACAGGAACACCAGGAACAGGCUCCCAACAUUCUCACACCGAAUAUGGAACCUGCCACGUUAUGACCCGUCCAGUUAAACUGCUCGCCACCAGAGGGUCCUUGUGACCGGCCCAGCGUCAGAACUCUUAACAUUAAGAACAGGAGACAGAGAUGUGACUUAAUGGUAUUUUGCUGCAAGAUGAAAAGUUAAAAUCCCUGUGGAUGUAGCCUAUGUUUUAAAUAGUGUUCCUUUUUUAAUCACUCUAAAAAUGCAAUGUUUUCAUUGAACAGUAUGCUUUUAACUAAAAUAUUUCCUAAAUAUUUUGAAAAAAACGUUUGACGUAUUUUCCUACACCUCAAACACAUAUCACAGGAACAUUGUAUUUUGAAAUUUGAAAUACAAAAUUUGUAUGAAGUAUGCAACUUGACAAAACAACUGGGACAUUACCUUUGACUCUGACUCUAAAAGGAAGCUGUGUAUAGACUAAAA